AUGAAAGGUCAGUUAAGCUCCAGCGAGGUCACCAUCGAUCACCAUCUGAAGCGAAGUAUUAAACUACGGAGGAGGAUAGGACUUGGAAAAGAAAAAGAUGUCGCGAAGAUACAUCUCUCCGAUGAACAAGUCCAGUCUUUCAUCUCUAAUUUCCUUGGAGACCUCUUCAACAUGUCUGGGGCUUCCCGCAACGACUAG